AUGCAAGGCAUAAACAAAGGGCGGCCUCGAUACGACCGACGGAAAAAGCCCAACCCCAUACAACAGGAUCAGAUUCCAUCGCCACAAUCAGCAGAAGUAUAUCAGGACCCCAACACAAUCCCAUCGACUAAAGUAGUAGUGGGGCCUGAUCCAUCAUUUGCUCAAUUCGCCGUCCAAGUGGAUUCCCGUACCUUUGCUGAUAUACUACAAUUCGCCAAACUAUCAAUGCAAAUGUUCUUCCCAUUAGGAUUCCUGAUUGAAUUCGACUACAGGGAUAAAUCCUGGUUCCAUGACUCCAUCCGCUCCGAUCCCGCAUAUCUGCAUCUCACCGUAUCCGCAUCAGAGGUCUUCAUGGGCUCAGUCCAUGGUCGACAACAUGCCGACGAACUACUUUCUAAUCGCAGGACCAUGCUCCAUUUUACAAAGGGUGUGCAGAUCCUCCGCGAGAGACUAACGGGUGUCGAUCUCCAGACAAAAAUCUCCGACUUCACCGUACGCACUGUGCUGAUGCUGGCCAUGACAGCGCAUCUGAUGGGCGAAUCCGAGGUCGCACAGAAACAUAUGGAGGGAAUUCGAACGAUCAUGGAUCUUCGGGGUGGUCUGCGCCUAUUUGAGAGCCAGAAAAUCCUCAUCGAGCUGUUCAGAUGGGACCUAGGCCUCGCCCUCCAAAACAACACCACGCCCAUAUUCUUCAGAGACACCUUCCUCGAACCACUAACCCCAUUCCCUACCAUCUUCAACCCAAUCCCUUCCCAAAUCAACAACCCCCAACUCCACCUAGACCCAACCCUAAAGACAACCUUCCACGUCCUCCAAAACUUCUGCACUCUAAUCAACACAAGCAUCACCGAGACCCCCCAGCGCCGCCUUACCCCAGAUAUCAUCCCUUCCACUCUAUCCUCCGUAAUGUACCGUCUUCUCCAAAUGCCCUUCCCCCCAAACAGCAACAACGAAACCUUCCGUCUAGGUCUCCUCACCUUCUGCCAUCAUACCUUCCUCCAGUGGCAAGACAAGACACUGCCUUUUGUAUUCUUCCCUGCUUCGUAUCAACCUCAUCUCUUGUCGUUCAUGGAACAAUGCCAGCACCAUCUUGACGAUGCCGAGGAGGAGAAGGGGGAGGGUUCCCCGGAGCUCAUUCUCUGGCUAUUGAUGGUCGGGAUCCUUGCGUUGCCGCCGGUGCCAGCCUUUCGGGGGAUGGAUCUCUGGUUGAGAGGGUGUUUGCGGGAAUGGUUGGAGAGAGUGGGGAUCAGGACGUGGGGAGAGUUGCGAGAGAUCAUGAAAAGGUUUUUGUGGGUGGAUUUGAUGCAUGAUCUUGCUGGGGAGGGGGUGUUUGGUGAUGUGCUUCAGGUAUAA